UAUCGAGGCGGGCUGCCGCUGCCUCCGGGCGUUUACUUCACCCCGCCCCUCCCGGCACCUCCUCCGCGGGGCGGAGCGGAGCGAGGCGCUCCGGUGGCGGCGGCGGGCGGCGAUGUGCGGGCGGACGGCCUGCUCCCUGGGGGCCGCCCGGCUGCGGCGGGCCUGCGCCUAUCGCGACCGGCGGGGCCGGCGGCAGCAGCCCGAAUGGCUGCGGGAGGAGCGCUACCGGCCCUCCUACAACAAGGGCCCGCAGUCCUGCGGCCCCGUGCUGCUGUCCCGCAAGCACGUCCAGCAGGAUGCUGACUCCUCCGAGCGGGUGCUCAUGGACAUGCGUUGGGGCCUGGUGCCCUCCUGGUUCAAAGAGGACGACCCCUCCAAAAUGCAGUUUAAGACCUCCAACUGCCGCAGUGACACCAUGCUGAGCAAGUCCUCCUACAAGGGCCCUCUCCUCAAGGGCAAACGCUGCGUGGUGCUGGCAGAUGGCUUCUAUGAGUGGCAGCAGUGUGGCGGGGGCAAGCAGCCCUACUUCAUCUACUUCCCCCAGAGCAAGAAACACCCGGCUGAGGAGGAGGAGGACAGCGAUGAGGAGUGGCGGGGCUGGCGCCUGCUCACUAUGGCCGGGAUUUUUGACUGCUGGGAGCCACCAGCAGGAGGAGAGCCACUGUACACCUACACCAUCAUCACCGUGGAUGCCUCCAAGGACGUGAGCUUCAUCCACCACAGGAUGCCGGCCAUCCUGGAUGGGGACGAGGCCAUCGAGAGGUGGUUGGACUUUGCUGAGGUGCCCACCCAGGAGGCAGUGAAGCUCAUCCGGCCCACAGAGAACAUUGCAUUCCACCCCGUGUCCACCUUCGUCAAUAGCAUCCGCAAUGACACACCUGAGUGCCUGGUGCCCAUCGAGCUGGGAGCCCCUAAGGAGGUCAAAGCUACUGCAAGCAGCAAGGCGAUGCUGGGUUGGCUGAAGAGCUCCCAGGAGGGCUCUCCCCAGAAGAAAGAAGAUACUUUGCCCAGGUGGAAGAGCCAGUUCAUCCACAGCCCUUCACCCAAGAAGAGCAGUGCAGGUGUCCUGCAGCAGUGGCUGGGGCAGGAGGGGGGGCCAGCUGCCAAGAAGCACAAGGCAUAGGGCAGCCAGACCCUGCUUGUCUGCAAAGCUCCCUGAGCACAAUGCAGAGCACCCGUUGGAGGGCUUUGCAGACACUAAUGGGAUUCUUCCUACCUCUCAGGUGUUGUUCUGAUGUCCUGGGUUGUUGUCUCUGUCUGUUGUUAAAGGUUACUGUUUGUCUCCUCUUGUUUUCUUCUUUUUUCUUUCCUUUUUUUUUCUUUUUCUGUUAUUAAACUCUUACCUCUUUUCCACUUA